AUGAGGGCCGUCCUAUUAGGCCGGCUCUGUUUACGGCGCAGCUUUACACAUAUUCCAAAACACACACUGGUCCAGUCAUGGAAAGCCUCAUCAAGACGCAUACCUCACAGGGGCCCGGUACUGGGAGCCCUGAUGAUGGCCUCCCUUACACCCGGCGCCUUUCUCAAGCUCGCGGAAGAGUCGGAGGGAGAUGAGGUCACGGGUGAGAUGCAAAUGCUCGAAGUGUCGCGGGAAGAGAUUCGAAAACAGGUGUCCAAAGAUUCAAGAGGUCUGUCGAGACUGUUCCAGUCGAUACGGGUCUUCUGGUACUACUAUGUCUAUGAUCCGAUUGCAACUGGAUUCCGGUUUCUUCAUCUGGCUAUCAUCUUUGUGCCAGUUGUGGUUACGGUUCCAAUAAUUUGGGUUGGGAGCAGGAUUGAGGGUGGAACGAAUGCUCAGACAGGCACGCUAUGGUGGUAUCGGUUCUUGGUUAAAGCGAUGGAGCGUGCUGGCCCCGCGUUCAUCAAACUUGGACAAUGGGCUGCAUCACGAACCGACAUCUUCCCACCGGAGAUGUGCAACAUCAUGUCUUCACUACACUCCAAUGCCCCUGCUCACUCACUCGCGGACACAAAACGUAUCAUUCGAAAGGCAUUCAAUGGCAGACGCUUCGAGGAUAUCUUUGAGGAGUUCCAGGAAGAGCCCCUGGGUGUUGGUGCGAUUGCCCAAGUCUACAAAGCAAAACUCAAGCCGGAUCUCGCGACCAGCGACGAAGAACUCGAACAGGUACCGAGCACUUUGAGCGAGAAGAUGAGAAAGAACGUCGAUGUGCUAGUUAAGAGCUCACCUCAACGUGUCCCCUCAUCCUACGUCGCUAUCAAAGUCCUGCAUCCUCGAGUGGAAAAAAUGAUCCACCGCGACUUGCGUAUCAUGGGUUUCUUUGCGUCCUUGAUCAACGCCAUCCCUACGAUGCAUUGGCUGUCAUUCCCUGAUGAAGUCCACCAGUUUGGGGAGAUGAUGAAGCUGCAACUGGACAUGCGAAUUGAAGCGACUAACCUGGUCAUGUUCCGCGAGAAGUUUAAAACGCGCACAACAGCAUGGUUCCCAUAUCCUUACCUGGACUACACCACCCGCGAGGUGCUCGUGGAAGAGUUCGCCCAAGGUAUCCCCUUGGCAACCUUCCUAGACAUUGGCGGAGGAGUCUAUCAGCACGAGAUUGCCAACGAAGGCCUGGAUGCAUUCCUGCAUAUGCUUCUCAUUGACAACUUCGUCCAUGCUGACCUCCACCCGGGUAAUAUCAUGGUUCGCUUCUACAAGCCCAGCGAGCUUGAUCUGUCUCUUCGGAAGACGUCUCGCGCCACCGAGGCUCCAACCCGAGCCGAGGUUGACGUCACUGAUGCAGUUCUCGAUCGCUUGCGACCGCAUCUCAGCGACAAAUCCGAAUGGGAGUCCGCCCUCGCUCAACUCAACGAUGAGGGAUAUCGCCCCCAGCUGAUCUUCAUCGACACAGGACUCGUCACACAGCUCAAUGACCUGAAUCGCCGGAAUUUCCUCGACCUGUUCCGAGCCAUCGCAGAGUUUGACGGUUACCGAGCCGGCCAACUUAUGGUGGAGAGAUGCCGCACACCGCACGAAGUCCUCGACCCAGAGAUCUUUGCCCUCAAGAUGCAGCACCUUGUUCUGAGUAUCAAGUCGCGCACAUUCGCUCUGGGUAACAUCAAGAUUGGCGACGUGCUUAGUGAAGUUCUCACCAUGGUCCGGGGUCAUCACGUUCGGUUUGAAGGGGACUUUGUCAACGUCGUCAUCUCAUGUCUCCUCCUCGAGGGUAUUGGGCGUAGCCUGAACCCAGAUCUUGAUCUGUUCAAGAGCGCACUGCCAAUUCUUCGACAACUGGGCACCGGGUCGACCUUUUUGCAGACCGUGCGAUCAGGCGACACCUCGAUGUUGCGUGUUUGGGUCAGCUUGGAGGCACGCGGGUUGCUGCAGGCCAGCAUUGAAAGUGUCGAGCGAUGUGUCAAGUACGAUCUGCUCUCUCCAAACAUAUGA